AGAUGGUUUGUUGUUGUUCUACACACGGGUGGAGGAGAUGGGAAACUGGAGGUGAGGAAUUCACCACAGAGGCACAGGAACGAGACAGAGCUUUCUGACUGACUGGGAGUAAAGCCAAACCUAUGGAUCUUCAACAGUUUGCAGUUUAGAAGCGUGAAGCGUAUCACUCAUCGUCCUUCACUGGAGGAAGAAGACGAAACUUCUAAACCUGUGUGUCUCUACCAGAACUUCCCACGCGGCUGUCUGAAGAAGAGAAGUAGAGGGAAAGAGAGAGAGGAACGAAGAGCAAAAACCAGCCUGCCUUGGAAAGGGAAGAAGGACGGUGUCCUGAGAGGGAGGUGGCUAUGCGUGAGGAGGUUUCCUGUGCCAACUCCCCUGAAGGGGGGCUGGGGGCCAGCGAGGAGGAGCUGGAGAGGGGCUCCAAGAAGAGUGGGCCAACAGGGGGGCGAAAGCGGGUGCCGUACCCCAAGAAGGACAGUUUGGGUCGGGCCGAGGAGAGGGCCGUGGUCAGCGGGAGCCCCAACUGCCUUGUUCCGUCAGGGCCAAAGCGGCAGAAGAAGCAACAGAGCUCCCCCACGUCGGUGGUGUGUGUGGCCCCAUCCGUGCUGAGCUCCAGCGGCCUUGGUUUGGGCCCGGGCGGCGAGCCCUUCGAGGACCUGCACACUCAGCGAGUGAUCGCCAACGUUCGCGAGCGCCAGCGCACGCAGUCACUGAACGACGCCUUUGCCUCGCUGCGUAAGAUCAUCCCCACUCUGCCCUCCGACAAACUUAGCAAGAUACAGAUCCUGAAACUGGCGUCACGCUACAUCGACUUCCUGUACCAGGUGCUGCAGAGUGAUGAGAUGGACGCCAAGCUGGCUAGCUGCAACUACCUAGCCCACGAACGCCUCAGCUACGCCUUUUCCGUCUGGAGGAUGGAGGGUGCCUGGGCAAUGUCUGCCAGCCACUAGUGUCCCCUCUCCAUCCUCCAGCCUGCUCUGCCCGUCCUGCUCUGUCUUAACCUUACUUUCUCUUACUUCCUUCUUGUACUGCCUAACCCCACCAUCCCUGGCCUCCCCUAACCCACUAUCUCUGUACCCCCUAACCCCACCAUUCCUGGCCUCCCCUAACCCACUAUCUAUGUACCCCCUAACCCCACCAUCCCUGGCCUCCCCUAACCCACUAUCUCUGUACCCCCUAACCCCACCAUCCCUGGCCUCCCCUAACCCACUAUCUCUGUACCCCCUAAAUCCACCAUCCCUGGCCUCCCCUAACCCACUAUCUCUGUACCCCCUAACACCACCAUCCCUGGCCUCCCCUAACCCACUCUCUCUGUACCCUGUAACACAACCAACCAUGGCCUCCCUUAAGCCACUAUCUCUGUACCCAGUAACCUCACCAUCCAAGGCCUCCCUUAAGCCACUAUCUCUGGCCCUCCUUUAAGCCAAAACACACUGUUUCCUCCUAACCCACUACCUCCCUCUCUUCAUUAUUCUCUAUUCUCUACUGUUCUUCAAACUGUUCUUUGCUUACCCUCUCAUUCCCCUAAUCGCCCACUGCUCCAUCACUCACCUUACCCACUGCUCCAUCACUCACCUUACCCACUGCCCCAACACUCAACUUACCCACUGCCCCAACACUCAACUUACCCACUGCCCCAACACUCAACUUACCCACUGCCCCAUCACUCCCACUGUACCCGUUCACCCUUCGAGCUUUGCCCCCGCAACCCCCCUUUCCACCUAAAAUGCCCCUGUAUGCCGCCUAACAAUUUAGCCCCAACUCCACAACUCUACGGUACACCCCUGCAGGACAGACAUCUAACGAAUGGACUCCUCUUUACAUCUAAAAAGGUCUGUCGUGUCCAUCCUCCCCUGCAUACCCCAUCUCUCCUUCUUCGGAAGCCCUGGCCCACAGACAUGGGCAUUGGAGCGAACACAGGCAUUGGUUUAAGGACAGAUAUCCAGUCGACUCUCCUUUUGCAGCCUGACAGACAGACAGUAUUAAAAUGCAGCCUGACAGAGAGACAGACCGUUUUAUAAUGCUCUAUUACAGUACGUGACUGUCACUGAGGCAUGACGAAGAUCCUCAAUUUAUACACCACUUCAAAGACUCCACAGAGGAAGAUUCUUUGACAACUGAGAUGACUUACGCUCAUGAUAAUUACAAUAAUGGCCAUAAUAAUGACGCCAAAGGGAUGGAUAGCUGGUGGUCCCAGCCCAAUGAAUGUUUACAGCAAAGAUGCUAAUAAGCUAAUAAUUGUAGGCUCUUCCACCUCCAUUUGAUGGGUAGGAAAAGUCACAGAAGCCUGCCAUGUUUCCAACAGUUAUAUACCUGUAUCUGCUUGAUUUGUCUGUUGCCUAUGUUCAUGUAUUUCUCUGUUUGCAUUAUGUCCCUUCAUAGCGAGUGGACUUAGCAUGUGCAUAUGCUAAUUGCUUAUUCAUAAAGGUUACAUUUUACAUUACAAUGACUUUAUAUCAGAGUAAGUAAUAAGCGAUAAUCUUUGCUGGCUCCCUACAACACAUGAGUACAGUAGUACACACAGUUUUGUAGCAUGCACAGACUAUGUUUAGAUUAGACAUAGUGGAUAGAUUCCACUAAACCUAAGGUCUGUGAUAGAUUAAGUAUGAAAACUUAACAUGCAAAAUAACUACGUGGUAAUACAGUAGGAGCAGAGUAACAUAUGACAUUCUUUGGACACUCUUAAUUAAAGUAAAGAUACAAUUAGGAGUGACAUUGUACAUUGUUGUAUAUACAAGUAACAUUGUACUUAUAGUUUUAAGUACCAUUGUACUUAUAGUUUUAAGUAGCAGUGUAGUACUUUUAAAUGAAAGAUACAAAUAUAGUUUGAAUAUUGUAAGUUUAGUAAUUCAUUGGAAUUUCUCUUUAAGGAAAUACUGCAAUAUGCUAUCAGUAAUUUGAGAGUGUAAUGAAAAUUGUAAACUGUACUUUUUUUUAACAAUGUGAUUAAUAUCAGAUUUUGUUGUUACUGGGGAAUGGUAGGUAGUGGGAAUAUCUGAUAUACUGUCUCCAGAAAAAGUAGUUGGUUAAUAUGUUUUAUCCUCGUGCUCAGAUGUAGUUCUUUUGGCAUAUUGUUUGUCACCAGCUUUUCAUUACAUGAGCUCCUGUGGAUAAUAAUAAAAACAGUUUUGGUAAAAUACCACUGAAAGUCUGA